UAAUAUUUUUUAAAUUGAUCUCUAGACAUACACAAGCAUAAUUCAUCUUGAAUAUAAUGUACCUGAUCUCCCUUCUAUAUAUAUCCUAUAUUACAUAAGCCAAAAGUGUUAUUACAAGACACAAAAAGAAGAAAGCAUUUCUCCUUUUUUUCUUCCUAAAAGCAGACCCAGCUUCUUGAGGUUGUUGCAAGUGAAGAUGUUGAAAUCAAAGUCAUGCAGAGAAGAGAUGAGUAGCAGCAGUAUGGCCUACAAAUACCAUUGCUUAACGAAUGGUGGAACACCAGAAGCAGUAGCAGCACCAAGCCCAACAAACCCACAGCUUCCAGUGAUGUUGAGAUCUUAUAGCACGUCAACUUAUAGUCCACACAAGAAUCCAACAACGGUGAGAGACAAUCCCAACAGUAAAUCGAAUAGUAAGGUGAAGAAAGGGUUAAAGGAGGCAGAGAUUCAGAGGAAGAAGAGAGUGGCUGCUUAUAACGUGUAUGGUGUUGAAGGGAAAGUGAAGGGAUCUAUUAGAAAGAACUUCAAGUGGUUCAAGGAGACUUGUUCAAAUGCUGUCAAUGGUUUGUGGUGAUCUGAUAGAGAGAUAUUCAGCAAAAGGGAAGAGUAGUAAUCAACGUACGAUAUCUGAUUGUAUUAAGAGUGGUUUUAGGAGUUCAUCUUAAUAAUAAGAGCAAGAGACACAAGCAAGCAAGUGUGGUAUCUGAUUGUUCUGUUUGUAAACUAAAGGAUAAGUACAUAAUAAAACUGUUGUCUUUU